AUGGCUGUACGGCCAUCGCCUGGCGCAAUUCCGCCGAGGUCAUCCAACGAGCAACGUGAAAGCCCCAGCUCGCGGCUCGAUACAAUGAAUUCCCCGACACCGAUAAGAACCCAAGCGCCGCACUCCCGUGCACCUUCAUCGACCGUUGACCCAAGCCAAGCUGCUGAAGUCAGGAAAGCUUUGACGUCACCUAGAAGGGAAUCAAUUGACAAGGCACGCGUUGCUGCGGAUUAUGAGCCGCGAACACUCGGAUCACCAUUAGCAUCACCUCCACUAAAUGAAGAAAGCCCUGGGCCACUGUCACCAUCGACGUCCGAGUCAGACUCCGAUUCAGAUGGGCCCAACCUACCAUUCAAAAGAUUCGGCAAAUUCUCCAUGCUUAGACCCCGCAAUACUGAACUCGACGAAGACGAGGAGGACGAAGAGUCGCCGGCGUUCCUUCCAGUUGACCAAGCGAGCCAGCGGGCAACCCAUACUACAGAACACGAUCCGGGUGCAACCCUACGCGAAGAGCUUGGAGGAGGUCACUCAAGACGUGUGGCGCUGCAAAAGGAGGUUACAACAACAUCGAUUAGUACUACUAGUUCGGGAAUGGGAUCCGCUUCAUCUGCUUCCGAUGGACAACAGAGGCGGCACCACCUGGGCGCUCUUAGUCCGCGACGAGCAGCUGAAUUGCGAUUGAGCCCGCACAAUCAGGCUAAACGCAGCGACGGAACACCAAGUAUGGGCAGUAGCUUCAGCGACUUGGAUGACGCCAGCGUGACCCAAUCAGCCCUGGAAGAAGCUCUGCUGAGCAAUAUGCAGAAUGGUGGCGUUGCCAGUAGGAUGAGCACCCUCAGUCAAGCCCUCCGAAGUAGAUAUCUGUGA